AAUGGUAAAUGGAUUGAUUUGUGUGAAAAUUACAAUUAGUAAUAGUUAAUUAAUAUUAUUAACAAGUCAAAGAGAAAUUAUUUAUGAUGGAGAGUAUAAACAUGGUUAAAUAUGUGGUAGAUGGAAUAUUUCUUUUAGAUUAAAAGGAGAUUUUUAAAUUAUGUAAACUUACUUAUUUUUUACAUAAUUAUUAGUGGUGGUGGAUCAUUUGAUAUUGGUGAAAUUAAAAAUGGUAAAUGGAGUGAAUUAGAUGAAAAAAUUCAUCAGUAUUUAAAUAUAAUUAACAAAAUUUAGAGAAAAUUAGAUUAUAACUAUUGGAUUUUAUAAAAAUGGUAAAAAAAUAGGAAAAUGGACACAAAUGUAAAGACAAGCAUAAAGAUUAUAAGAAGGAUUUAAAAUUAUGUAAUCAUUGUUUCUAAAAAUAUUAAGUGGAGAAUUUACUUAUUCCUUUGAAUGAAAGUUGUAAAAAACAUAAAAAUUUUAAAACUAUUUUAAUUAUGCGAAAAUAUCCUUCAAAAUAAUUCAAAUUUCUAUAGCAUUUUCGUAAAUAUUUAACUCAAAUAAAAUUUUUUUCAUUUAAAAUUUGA